GCCGCCGAUGAGGGAGCUGCCUGGGACGAAGAAAGGGAAGCGGCGGACGGCUCCUCUCGCGGCGACGUCGAGCGUGGAGAAGAAGCUGAAUCCGAUGCCGAUGAUGUUGGAGCAGCGGACGGGGUCUCUCGGGGCAGCGACGAACGUGGUGAAGAAGCCGGAGCUGAGAAUGGCGUCGGAUUUCAGCACGACUCGCAGCCGCCGGGUGGAAACGUUAGCGGCGGGCGGCGCGACGAGAAAGAUGAAGGCGAAGAAGGAAGAUGGCGAUUGGGUUCCUCUGCUUGCAAACCCUAGGACGGUGGCCUUGGGCCGAGCACCACAGCAGCAGCGAAUUGGGCCAGCAAGAGGCGAAAGAGGCUUUGAUGGGCUUAUUUUGGAUCGGCAGAACGGGAUAAGGAUGGGGCCGAGUUGGACUCCGGAUAGCCCAAUACUUGGACUGCAUAGGAGCAAUCUUACCAGAGUUCUCUUGUGUUGGGUUGGGCCGAGAUCAGCGGGCUCAUAUGCUGAGGAGUGUGAGAUGAACAGUGGGCUAGCAGCAACUAAGAAGGAACGGAAUAACUGGGCCACGCAAGAAGGUUAUUAUGGGUCUCGCAUAGGCUGUUUAUUUGGACCUCUUUUGCAGGGAAAGAAAUCAAAGAAAGAAGGAAGUGGGCUUGCUGAAACUGAAGGUGGGCUUUCAAGAGAGCCUAACCCAAAGUCACAGGGAGAAGAGUGGAACAUGGAAGGACUAGUCUUCAUCAUCGAGCACGUGGCAAAAACAAUGGAGCCAUCUGUUAAAUAUUUUAAGGUGGAUUGUGAAGAUGGACUCAAGGAAGAACAACUCUCUGAUUCUUACUUUGUAGAGUUUGAAAAAGAGGUUGGUGAGUCAUUUGGCCAUGGUUGUGAAAUGAGCCAUGCGGGUAGAUAAGAAGCCAUGGAAGACAGAGUUGCUGGAGUCGGCUUCAUUCAAGUAGUGGAGCACAAUUGGAAGAAAAGGAAGCUUAAGAAAUGGAGGAGUCAACCGCGGAUUGUGCGAGAAGAAAGAGAAGAGUGGGUCGAGUUGAUCAACCUUGAGGGCAAGGUUGGUCUGAAGGGGGAGGAGAUGUUAGAAACCGAAUUAUAUCCGGUUUCUAUAUUUAUUAUUAUAAUCAUUAUUAGGGUAAUUCUUAUUAUGGUUAGUAGUCUUCUAGUAGAAUUAGGUUUAUUCUUAGGGUUUUCUAGUAUUUCCCUAUAUAUAUGUACUUUGGGUCAUUCGUCAUAUUAAGCAGAAGUUAAUAAAGAAUUAUCUCCCUA